AUGUUGACAGUGAGAGCAAUUAACCUGGUGCUGCCUGAGACUGAGGUGUAUUUGGCGGGCUCCAGCAUAGACAGGCAACUGGUUCUAAACCUCAGGAGUACCCUGGUGGACCCUGUUGUGAAGGUGGAGCUUGUGGGAAGAGGCUUCCUGAGGUGGCUUGAGGAUAAUCCCGAACUGGGCUACAACAAGAAUACGGCUUGCACCAACCAGGCUGUCUACAUCUCCAAAGCUAAGAAUUUCCACAUAGAGGAUGGCUGGCCAGAUACUGGGCUCCACACCUUUGACUUCCACUUCAGCUUUCUUCCAAGUAUCCCCUCCACAUUCACCAGCAAAAUUGGCUGCAUCUCCUACUUUGUUCAAGGGACUUGCUGCAGCUGCCAAAUUGUCUUGGCUAAAGAGGAGAGAUGUUUACUGUUGCAAGGAACUGCUGGUGACCACAGAAGACAUGUGAAAGACACAUCAUGGCUCUGUGAUCCUUUGGAGAAAAACAUAUUUCGCCCCGGUGACACCACUGUCUUCAUGACAGAUAUUGCCAACAGGACAUGCAAGUAUGUUAGAAAGGUCAUUUUUGCUGUACACUGCAUUGUCCUGUAUAGUAGCAGCAGGGGAGAACAACGCUCCUUGGAAGACCAAAGCGAAGUGAUGAGGUUGGAGUCCUGGACAGACAUGGCUUCCUUUGAGGCCAUGAGAGUUACCAGUGCGCUGGUUCUGCUGAAACCCAUGCCUGUCACCAGUGCUCUUAUGGAAAAUAAAAUCAGGGCAUUCAAGCACGAGCUGGUAGGCACCUCUGGCCUUCCUUCUACCACAUCCACCAUCGUGGGAAGGGUGCCCAUCAUCAUAGCAGCCACACCGGAGCAUUUCUCUGUGGAGCAGAACACCAUGACUCUGCAUGAAGAUGAAGGUGGCAUCUCAAAGGGGGUUAGCCUUCACAGAGACAUUUCUGACAUUGACCCAGGAGCAUUUGGCAGCAGAGCCACGGAAUAA